AUGGCCGCCGCCGAUGUUGAUGCUUAUGCGGGCCCGCUCGCCCAAUUCUUCGCCCACGGUUUGCGCUCUCCCAUCCUCCGUCGGCCGGGUGAGGAAGGUCUCCAGUAUGAGGAGGUCUGGUUCCCAUCUCUGGAUGGCGUGGUUCUCGAAGGCUGGCUCAUUCCUGCCAAGGGCUCCAACAAGUUGAUCAUCGCCAACCUACCCGGGCCACCUCCCCGGGACAACAAGGCCCUGCACGAUGCGGGCUACAACGUCCUGUGCUACGACCUGCGCAACCAUGGGCGGAGCGGCGCCGGCUCCGGUGGGAUCGUUGGCAUUGGACUGUUCGAGACCCGGGAUGUCGUGGGCUCGAUCCAGUACGCCCGCUCGCGUCCGGAUACCGCCCACAUGGAGAUCGGUCUCCUGGGUCGGUGCCUGGGCGCCAACUCCACGAGCGUUGCGUUCGACAAAUUCCCCGGGUAUUUAAAGGAUGUCAAGGCGCUCAUUGUUCUGCAGCCGGUUUUUAGCCGGGUCUUUGUGGAGGUUGGCACCAAGAACGCGGGCCUGGAUCCCAAGGCAGCCGCCGAGGCCUUCGAGACCAAGAUCUUCCAUAUGACUGGGCUUCAAAUCGACGAGCUGACCCCGAUUCCAUACACGAAGGCUGUCACAGUGCCAACCUUGGUGGCUCAAGUCCACCGGGAUGUGUGUGUUGUCCCUGAUGACGUUCAAGCGAUCUAUGACGGCAUUGGGGCUCGUGAGAAGGAGCUGUUCUGGAUUGAAGGGACUACCAGGCGUUUCGAUGGCUACAACUAUUUUGGUGAACACCCGGAGAGAAUGCUGCAAUGGUUCAACAAGUACAUGUCGUGA